UCUACUCAGCCCGUUUUACCGUAUUAAAUGGAGUUUUUCUUUCAGGAUUUUAACGACCCCUACCACGUUUUCCACGAGGGUGGCGACCGAGCCUUUGACCUAAAGCCUCAUCCGGCUACAGACCCAACACGCAACCAACCAGCUCCAAGACCAAGUAACGGAAACUUUUUUCCCAAUUUAAACCAUCUAGGUAUCAAAAAAGACAAUGAGUACGCCAAUAAGUUAACAAAACCUCUGAUCACCGGUCAGGGACAGCCAGGCGAAGAAGAAAACUUUGAUGGUGGUGAAGUAGAUGAUAAAGACAGUAGAUCCUGGUCUAGUGAAAGCAGGGAAAGUGGCAGCAGAUCUGGAGAAAGUGGGAGCAGAUCUGGUGAGAGUGGCAGUUGGUCCGGAGAAGACAGCGGCGAAGACAUUCCAUCUGAACAUGGUUACCAUGGAAACCCUCCAAACAAACAUAACUCUCGAGAGCAAAAAGGUCCUGGAUUACCUCUAAAUAGAAAUACUGAAGUAAAGGACCAGAAUAAUGAUAUCAAAAAGAAUUUCGAUCAAAUUUUAAGUGAUUUACACAAAAUUUUCGUUAGAAACAACGCAUCUGUUAUUAUCCCGGAUAACAAUCCAAAUUUAGUUGGGAACAAAGAUGCCAUCGCUGGAGGUAAUAAUGAUACGAAGAAAGCAAAUAUGAUAAGUGUUUUGGAAGGAUUAUUCACUAACAUUAUUAGAAAUACUAUCAUUGUUAAUAAUAAUGUUCCAGUUGUACAGAAUCCAGGUACUUCCAAUCCGAAUGUACCGCAGAGGUUACACGAUCCUGUUGAUACAACUACAAACUCUAAUACAGAUCUUACUUCACUAAAAGACACUACGGAUAAUCCUAAAAGUAAACCUGAUAUCAGUACACCAGACGCUGGUAAAGAUUCAAAGAAUUUUGGUGUUCCCGAUGAAGUUACUACGUUUAACAAAAGCAAACUACCUAAUAUAGAUGGAGAAUUGAAUAAGAAUAAAACAUUAGAUGAUAAGUCACCAAGCUCAACUGAGAAACCUAAUAAAAAUGAAACUAACAUUGAUGAUGAGAAGAAACUCAAUUCAACUGAUAAGGGUGAUGAGAAAGCAAGUGAUGAUUCUAAGAAAUCUGGUAAUGUUACUGGAAUGCCUGUAGAUGGACUUAAAGAUAAUGAGGGUAGUGGAAGUGAUAAGGACAACAUUGAUACUAGCAGAAAGAAUAAAAACUUCGAUCAAAUUGUAGAUCUGAUAAAUAAUGACAAAUUUUGGAAGUUCAUGGGCGACUUGAGUGCCAAAUAUCUAGAAACAGUUAUUGAGCGCACACAAAAACUUAUGAAUGACGAAAUUAAAGCACAAAUUGAUAAAUACUUUAAAGAACAUAAAUCUGAAGUUAAUAAAGAUAUACAACCUAAAAAAGAUGAAGCGACCAAUACAGAACCAGAAAAGGCUAACAAUGUUGUAGAAAAAACAAAUGAAGCAAAUACAACGGAGAAUCCAGUAACAAGCCUAGACGAUUCUAAAGAUAAGAAAGCUAAAGAUACAGAAAACUCUAAACAAUCAGACGCAAAGAAAGAUAAAGCAAAAGAAACUAACAAAAAAGAUAUAGUAAACGUUAAAUCUCAUACAAUCUACGGCAACGCAGUAGGCAACGAUAAAGUUACAAAUAUCUACGUAUUCUACGCAUCGAAGAAUCUUGACGCUAUUAUAAAACAUAUAAAAGAUCUUGUCAAUGGUAAUAGUACUAAUAUAUUUAGUUUCGAACAUGGACAUAAAGUUGAAGAUAAACAUACUAAUGAGGAACAUAAUCAUGGAACAGAUAAUACAGGAACAGUUACUGAAGCUAAUAUUGAACCUGUUACUAAUAAUACUAAUACUCCUGACGCCACAACAACAGAUGUAGGUAUUAAAGCUAAUAAAGAUGAAGUUACUACGGAAAGCAGUAACAGUGGUAAUGUUACUGAGAAAGCAGGAAAUGACGUCACUAGUAAACCCUCAGCUACGUUAAAUAAUGUGACAACUGAAGCUGUAACUUCUAAUAAUUCUACUGAAAAACCUGGUAAUAAUUCAGUUAAUGAUAGUAAACCUGACGCAGGAAAGGAUGAUAAAAAGACAGACGGCAAUGCUAAUAGUACUACUACGGAACCUAGUAAAGCCAAUGAAAGUGUAAAUGGUACCCAAUCUCCAAAUACAACUGUUUCUUCAGAAAAAGACAAGAAAAAUGCAACAGAUACAGUUGAAUCUAGCACAGAAAAAGGAGGCACGGACCCUGCUCAAGUAGAUGCUACAACAAGCAAACCUAAUGUAACUGAAAAUAAAGCUGAAAAUGCAACAGCAGCUGUUGAACCCGCUAAAAACUUAACGGAAUCUGGAAAUGAUACGAAAGUUACUCCUGAAAAAGAUUUAGCUGGAAAUAAAACAGCUGAUAGCAAUGCCGAGGCAAAUAAUAAGACAGCGCCAUUAGCGUCUAAUUCUACGUCAACAGAUAUAAAACCAGGAAAUGCUACUGAUUUAGUAGAAACACCUAAAAAUGCUACCGUAGACAUUAAAAAUGACGCCGAAAAGAAUAAUGGAACUGGUUUACCAGCGGAAGGAAAUCAAGACAAAGCUUCCGAUGAACAUAAGGAUUCAAAAGAUAAUGCUGGAGACAAAAAAGAUACUGUUGAAGUGAAAGAUAAAAAAGAAUCUUCCGGAAACGAAGGUACAACAGAGACAUCUGUCAAUAAAGACUUUUCUUCAAAGAAACCGGAUGAGACAUCUACCGAGAAAAGUAGUUCAUAA